UUUCAGGAAGGCUUGAUAAGUGAUAACGAUGAUGAGGAAGUGGUAUUCUUGGGAUUUGAUAUUCCAAUAGAAGAAGAUGAUACUAUACUUGGAUUUGAUGUGGACUCAACAAAAGAUUGUUUAGAUCCUAUAAGUUCUCUGUUGGGACAGUUAGAGGCGGCGUCAGUGACAGUGGAGUGUGAUCCCCGCUCUCUGCUGCAGGCCCCUUCCUCCACCACUACCUGCCUCGAAUGUGGCAAGAUCUUUGACAACCAUGUGGAGUUGGUGGAGCACAUGCAGUGGCAUGCUGCCAUCCAGAGUCCCCACACUCAUUCCUUUGUCUGCUCUGUCUGCUUCCGAGGAUUUUCAAGUUCUGACCAGCUGGCCAAGCAUGUUAAAUGGACCCAUGAAGGAGGCAAGAAGUAUUCGUGCCCGGUUUGUCCUAAACGGUUCACCACCAGUUAUUAUGUUAAGAAACACGUAGAUACAGUACACUCUCAUAAGCAAUCCAAGAAAGGGAUGAUAAGCAUGUAUUUUUGUGCAGAAUGUCCUCUUAAGUUUGCUUCAGAAGCAUUGUUGAAAUCACACGAAGAUAAGGUUCAUAAAAAGGCUCUAUACCAGUGUGAUAAGUGUUUGAAGUACUUUGUGAAGUACCCCAACUUACAGCGGCACAAAUUAUCACACACCGGUGAAAGUCAAGGCUUUACUUGUGCCUACUGCAACCAAGUUUUCAGUUCUCGAAAACUCCUUCACGCUCACUGGCCUGUUCAUUCUGAUAAAAGUAUAUAUAAAUGUGAAAUCUGUGACAGUACAUUUACAGCAGUAAAACUCCUUAAAGAGGCAUAA